AUGGCUUCGCAGCAUCAAGAGCAUCAACAAGCAGCUGCCAAAGAGCCUGUAGCAGGCAAUAUGGGAAUGGCUUCUUCGCUCAAGACUGUUGAAGGUUCUGAACAACAAAGCCAUCCAUAUCAACGCGGUUCUUCGGCGCAAUGGUUCGGGCCACUGACUCCAGAGAGCAUUGGUAGACCACCAUUGUUGAACGCUGAUGGCUCAACUUCUUCACCUUCACCUCAGUCUAUGCGCCCAGCAUAUGUUUCGCCUGAGUCCUCAGAACCUCCACUAGCUCAUCCAGUCAUGCCUUCGUCUCAAAACAGUGGUUGGACUAGUCGGCAAGGUGAUAAUGCCUGGGGUCAAGGACCUGGUCAGCCUACGCCAAUCUCGAUUCGAUCAGGUGUAUCUCUUUUCCAACAAUCAGGAAACCAAGUUGCACACCCCGGUAUGAACACUAGAGCUGGGCCGUUGCCUCAAAGUCUCCAACCCAAUGUCAGGCUUGAAGAUCAGGUAGAAGCUCUUCGUGAACACAUCGCAUCCCAACAAAGACCCAUGGGCCCGAAUCAUGGAAAGGCUAUUCCCACACCAGGUCCAUACUGGUCACAAAUGUACCCUACCAAUCCACAAGCACAACGAGCAAGUUUCCGGAACGACUACAGUCAAGGUUUACGGUCAGGACCUACUCAAGCUGGUGUGCCAUCGCCUGCUCCAACGGCUCCAAGCUUUCCUGAUCUCAAGAAGACCACGCUGGAAGGUUAUGAACUUCUAGCAGCUAGGCUGACAGACGGAACCAUUGGAACGCGACCAAUGUAUCGCAGUUUUGAGCACUUGCACCAUCGCCUACUCCUCUACCUGCAAGACGAAAUUUGCGAGUACGAAGAAGAAUUGCGCAAGUUGGAUGAGUGGAUAUCUCAAAUUGGACUCGUGAUUUCUGAAGGGAAAUCGGCACCUGCGUCAAGGCGCGCGGAAGCACGAAUCACGCCAGCAGACAGUGAGUUGAUGUUCAGGAGAAAAUUUGUGUUGGGUGAGAUUUUUGUCAAGCUGGAAAGAUAUCAUCGUGCUGUCGAGUCAUAUUACAAUGCAUCCAAGGAUCUGCAAAGACCGCAGGAAGCAGAGAUAGCACGUUACCGCGAGUGGAUGUCAAACCAUCGCCCUGUCGACCUCACAGAAGCAGCUUUCCUCAAGCAUGAAAAGGACCUAUUCGUGUUUCCAGGCAGGAAUGUUGGAUUGACAAUGACAGCAGCGACAGCCUGUCUGCCUUUGUUGCUGCUCCUGCCGCUGCUGGCUUUUGCGGUGAUGCCCAACCUUCUCUGUCGUAUCCUUGCAAUAUUUGUAUGCGCCAUGGGCCAAUGGUUUCUGUGCUCUACCCUGGACAUCAAAUAUGCUUUGACUACACGAGAAUGGAUCUUCUUCUCAGGCAUAUAUGUGGCAUUCAUGACACUGAUCGCUGGUGUGACACGUUGA